UAUUCGCUCACUCCGCCCUCACGUUCAACCUUGUUGACUUGGAAACCAUUACAGCGUCGUCGGUGAAGUCGGAGUACCUUGUGCGCACUGAUACACAUAUCGCUACUGGUGUAGCUAACUCACACGCCGUUUUUAAAUGAAAUUAUGUAGAGCUUAGUAUUUUUUAAGCCUCAAAGUUUUCUUAUAGACCAUAAAUAUUUGUGUGUCACUUUGGCAGCGCGAGUUAGCGAGUUAGCUCUUGUCAAACUAGCUGCUUUUUUAGCUAACCUUAACCUGGUGUACUUUUUUAUUUUGUUUAGUUUACUUCAGCUUAACAUACUGAAUAAAACGUAAGCUACUUUCCCCUGUGUUUACUUUGGAGUGCAAAAAUGUACACAUCAUUGUUAGCAUUUUUGUAAAAUAAGAUUUUCUUUUAUGACUAUUUUUCUUUUUUUACUAAGAAUGAGAAACAACACAGUGUGGAAGAAUGCCAGUAGGUGCGAGUGAAGAGCGAGCAAAGACCCGGGAAAGAUUUAAUGAAAUUUUCAAGAAAUAUACGGAAUCGGAAAAGAAGUCAAAGAAGAAAAACACUGAAGCAGCUGAAGCAAAGGAAACUAUUGUGCUUCAGAAUCUGAGAAAAAAACAAAACCUUGAAAAUGACACAGAAGAAGAUGAGACAGUUCUGCAAAACACGUGCAAUCCUGAAGAGGACAGCCCACAUUACAACAAAACAUCUAAAGCAAAGAAGAAAAGCAAGAGGGACCUUCCUCCCCUACCUGCACUUAAGGACAACACCAGUGACAUUCAAAGGGAUACGGACUCUGAACUUGCUGUAGCUCAAGAAGACACUGGCGGUGGAAAGGGACCGAAACGGAGGAGCAAGAAAGGAAAAAGCAAAGACGGCGCAAAGGUUACGACGGAGAGCCAGGUGGAGGAUCGAGAAGAUGAGCUGCUGCAUGAAUACCAGCUGCAGAUAGCACAGGAAGAAGAGAGGACCAUGAAGAAAACGAAGAUCAAAGAUGAGGACGGCAGCAUCGUUUGGCAGAACGUUAGUCUGAACAACAACAUGGGGAAAAAGAAAAAGAAGAAACUGAAAUCUGUCACCACUGAUUCAGAUGGAGGAGAUCAAGACGAGGACGUAGAACGAGAAGUUGGCGCUGAAAAUGAAACGGAAUCGAAGGGAAAGAAGAAGAAGAAGAAAAAAAAGCAUGUCGUCAAAGAGGAGAUCGAGGCCGAGACUGAAGAACGGGAUAAGCAGAUGUUUGACGACAGUCUCGUACUGGGAGUGUUCGUCCACAGAACCGAUCGCCUCAAGACGGACUUGCUGAUCUCGCACCCCAUGGUGAAGAUCCACAUUGUUGAUGAACUCACCGGGAAGUAUGUGAGGAAAGAGGACUGUCAGCGGCCCGUCUCUUCAUUUUACGAACAAGAGAAUGUCAGCCACAUUCUGCCGAUCAUUACACAGCCAUUUGACUUCAGGAAGAACAAAUCCAUCAUCCCCGAGUGGCAGGAGCAGAUCAUAUUCAAUGAACGCUUCGGUUACUUCGUUCAGCAAAUCGAAUCAGCCCCCAGAGUUAUACUUUUCUUUGAAAUCCUGGACUUCAUGACUAUGGAGGAGGCGAAAGCCAACUUUGAUGCAGAGAAGCACGAGCGAGGCUUUCGAAAGAUUGCGUGGGCAUUUCUUAAGCUUAUUGGUGCAAAUGGGAUUCUGAAUAUUGAGAGCAAACUUCGCCUUCAGCUCUUCUGUCCUCCACCUCGGGCGAAGAGGCAGUCGAAAACAAUAGAGGUGUUUGAGUGGUGGAGGAAGUACCCAAGAACCAAAUAUGCAUCCACACUCUACGUCACUGUGAAAGGGAUUAAACCUCCAGAGUGUGUGGACCCCGGCAUGCGCUCUAUGAUGGCCUUACAGGAGGAGAGGGGCAGCACCUCCUAUAGUGACCUGCAAAAUGACGGCAGCAAGACAGAACCCAGUCUUAGCAGGCAGCCCGUCCUGAGGUGGAACCGACUGCCCGGGCAGAUCUGUCGGAUUCCCAACAAGCACGGUUUAGCUUUCCGUGGCGGUAAGAUGGGCUGUUUCACCGUCCUGUUUUCUCACGCUGGAACCAGGCUGGCCGCUGCUUGCGCUGACAGAGAUGCUUUCCCUGUUGUUGUGUAUGAGAUUCCUUCUGGGACAGUGCUGGCUGCUUUCAACGGUCAUCUGAAAAUUGUGUAUGAUCUCUGCUGGUCCAGCGAUGACAGGGUCCUGCUGUCUGCCUCCUCGGACGGAACCGUCAGAGAGUGGAACGUGGAAAAGCUUUUGGAAAACGCUCAGAAGGUGCUGCCUCACCCGUCCUUCGUCUACUGCGCUCAGUACCACCCGGGCGCCCAGAAUCUGGUGGUGACCGGGAGCUACGACUUCCUGAUAAGAGUCUGGAGGCUCGAUGUGGACGACGUGAACGGCCAGAUGCUGCAGGAGUUCGAAACUCACAAAAGCUUCGUCAACUCAGUGUGUUUCGAUUUCGAAGGAAGAAGAAUGUUCUCUGCCGACAACGCAGGCAUCAUUAAUGUGUGGAAAACCUCAGUAAAUCCCAGCAAACAACGCCAAAAUCCAUGCCAGCAAUGGUCGAUAGAGAUGAAAAUUGACGAGAGCGACCUCAGGGGCAUCCCCAUCAACAUGCUGCAGCUCCACCCGAAUGGGCGGUGCCUGCUCAUCCACGCCAAAGACAGCGUUCUCAGGAUGAUGGAUUUGAGGAUCUUGGCUAUAAAGAAGUACACCGGUGCAACAAACUACAGAGAGAGAAUUUAUAGCACUUUCACUCCAUGUGGAAAUUUCAUCUUCUCUGGUAGUGAGGAUGGGAUAGGAUAUGUCUGGAAUACCGACACAGGAGACCAGGUCGCAGUGUACACAGAGCUUUGUUACCGCAGUGCUGUCCAUGGCGUCUCCUUCCAUCCGCAUGAGAACAUGGUGGCUUUCUGUGCGUUUGGUCAGAGCCAGCCAGUGCACGUGUACGUGUACGACCACAAAGUGUCCCAGCUGGAGAUGCACAACAAUCUGGAACUGAGCAGAUCGGCGUCUCUAGACACCAAACCCGUCCAAAACCUUCCCGACUCCGUGGUGCUGCAGGACACACCGACUCCUUCCACCAUGGACCAGUUUGGCCAGUUGGCCAGAUUAGACCUGAAAAUGCAGAGUGUUAAAGAGCAUCUGGAUUCAGUUCUUGAACCAUAUCGAAGGACAGCAGCCGUUGGGCUCAGUUUGGAUCAAGACAAAAUGGGCACGACUCACGCAGGCAGGAACUUCAUGUCUGACGUUGGCACAAAGGGAUUAAAUGCAUCACUACCUCCUCCGUCUCUGCUGUCGCCCCACUCCAAGCUGCAGCUCUCUGGUUCCUUGGCGGAGCAGCUAAUACCCCAAGCAGUCCUGAGCACAAAAAGCCGAGGCAUCAGUCAGAGGAUAAAAGGAGCCUCGUCUCUUAAACUGCAUACAGUAAGACUUUCUGAGUCUCUCCCCGACCAAACCUCUUCAGGUUUCUAUGAUCCAGAUUCUGUCUCAGUUCAACAAAUAGUCGUUUCCAUCUAUAACUACGAAGCGAAUCGAUCUGAUGAACUGACCAUCCGGCGCGGCGACGUCAUCCAAGUACUGUACAAAGACAACGACACCUGGUGGUUUGGACGCCUGGUCAACGGGCUGCAGGGAUAUUUUCUUGCUUCUUACGUAAUCGAUCAGAGUGAGUUUAGUGAGGACUCUGCAGAGAGAGACCCAACUUCACUGGGAAAGAACGUGGAGGUGCCCACUCCCACACGGGUGUCUGCUGCUGUCAAUUCUUCUGGGGAACUUCGGUUUCUCUCUGAGCCAACUUUUUCGGACACUGACCCCGAGCUGACCGAUGCCACAACUAGAAGGAGGAGGAAGGUGAAAAAGCCGGGAGCAGCCGCGACUCAGACCGGUUUCUCAGAGGCAGAAGCGUCGGGUUCAGCGAGGGAGGCCAGGACGCCUGCCAGACCGCUACCAAAGAGGCCGACAGGCCAGUCCAACCGUGCCUUUGAGCCCGAUUAAUGAACUCGUUGAAAACACCAGUCUGGCUUUUUUUUUUUUUUUUACUGUUUGUAUUUUUAAAGUAUAUUUAUGUACAUUGUUCAGAAUUAAUUUGUAUUUUUGUUUCUUUUGUAUACAUUUACAAAUGCCAUUUUCCUUGCUGCUUUAUAUAUAUAAAUACUGAAUAACU